AUGUCGUCGACUGAGGAAUCAUCGGCACCUCUAUCACCUGUAUCAAACUCCAAACAUGCCAAUCUCAAUUAUUCACCACCACAAACACUAAAGUUACCCAAUAGUAUAGUUCGACAUUCAUUAUAUUGGAAUUAUACAUCUACGGAUAUUUUGGAAUUUUAUUAUGAUGUUCAUGUUGAUUUUGACAAUUGGCUAUUGGCAGGACAUAAAAAAUUAUGCUUUUCUUCAAAG